UUUUGCUGAUAAGACAACAACAGCCGAAACGAGCGAGCACCACUGCGGUGCGGCGCUGCGAAGCACGUACUCAACCCCAACACAUAACACGGAGCAAAGUUAAACUGCAAACCCUUCGACGAGUCAAUGCCACGAUGGAACUUUUAACUUGACUGCUAAAGAUCGUUUCCCAUGCUGCACAAUCGUCGCAUUGCGAAUGCGCGGCAUCACAGUGCGAAGGUACCUGCGCCUAUCAGCCUAAUGGCCUGUUAAAGUGCAGCGGGAUCAUUAAAUCCGCUAAGCAAGAGAUAUUGCCAUCCCUAUAAAAUAUACUCGCAUCAAGCCAAAGUUCAUCUUCUCGUUCUCACCAUCAGCUGAUACAUGCGAACGACGUGCCGGAGUCCAUUCGCAUUCACCGCGCGGGCUAUAUAUGCAGUUAACUAGUGACGUCAGCGCCCUUUGACAUUGACCUCCGAUCCCCGGCCAACAACAACCAAUCAGCCAUUCGCCCGCCGCAGCCACCACCGUACUCUGACUGUAUCGCGGGCUUCCGGCUUCCCCGUGAAUAGGCGCGCCGCCGCCGCCGCCCAGCCAAACUCCAAUUCCACAGCUCGAAGUGGGAAGAAAAUUCGAUGGAGCGCGGCAGCCGCAACGUCAGUCGCUCGUCCAGCCCGGCGCUGCCGCCCGCCCGCGGCGCCAGCAACUACAGCAGCGCCCCGCCCAGCCACCACAGCACGCCGGUGCACUCGCCGCUGCCGGCGGCCAGCCACAGCGGCAGUCAAAGCGGCUCGCGGGUCAGCUCGCCCUUCGUGCAGUCCACCGGGCACAACCACACUAACCACGCCCACCAUAAUAACCAGCCGCUGAGCAUGUCCAUGUCCAUGCCGCUGCCGGGUCCGCAGUCCAUCCAACAAGUACUCUCCAGCAACAUCAACGGACCCAUCGCCAUCCCCGUGGUGUCCUACGCCAUGCCGGCCGGCAGCGGGUCCGCGGCCGCCGUGGCGGGCGGCGGUCUGCAGCACCUGCACUCGGCGCUGCCCAUCGGCGGACUGCUGUCGCUCGGCCAGGCCGGGCUGUCGCGCAGCUACCGGACGGCGCCCAACGACGACGAGCGGGGAAUGUUGGGCAGUCACGUGGGCGGUCUGGCCAGUCUGGGGCACGUCCAGCACCUGCACGUGCCCAGCGUCAGUCCGGCCGCCAUCGCCUUCUCCAUCCAGGGCACUUCCGCACCGCAGUCGCAGCCCUCCGUCAUCCAGCAUGUUCCCUCGUCGACCGGCGUUUUGAUGGCCGGCAGCGGCAACCACAGUCCCUCCGUGCAGCAGCAGCAGCAGGCCAGCAUGGCGUCCUACAGCCACGGCGAGCAGUCCAGCCCCAACUCGCCCACCUCCAACAACAACUCCGCCCGCAGCACCCCCGCGCCCAUGCAGCCGCUGGCCUUCGGACAGGCGCCGGCCGGGCCGGGUGCCGGCAACAGCGCCGCUGGCCAGGGCAGUCCCCAGAGCGGAUCGCCGCACGGCCAACAACUGUGCACGAUCUGCGGGGAUCGCGCCACCGGCAAACACUACGGCGCCUUCAGCUGCGAUGGCUGCAAGGGCUUCUUCCGGCGAAGCGUGCGAAAGAAUCACGUCUACUCGUGCCGAUUCAGUCGCAACUGCGUCAUCGACAAGGACAAGCGCAACCAGUGCCGAUACUGCCGGCUGCGCAAGUGCUUCCGCGCCGGCAUGAAGAAAGAAGCGGUUCAGAACGAGCGGGAUCCCAUCAGCACACGUCGGCCCUGCUACGAAGACUGCAACAGCGCCGAGCUGUCGGUCAGCAGUAUCUACCAGGCGGAGAUUGCCGCUCGCUCUGUGGAUUACACCGCGACCGGCAUGAUGGUGCCGCACGAUCCCAACAGUCUGCCCAAACGCAUCGCCACCAUCCAGGACGUCUGCCAGUCCAUGAAGCAGCAGCUGCUCAUCCUCGUCGAGUGGGCCAAGUACAUCCGGCCCUUCUGCGAGUUAUCCCUCGAUGACCAGGUGGCGCUGCUGCGAGCGCACGCCGGCGAGCAUCUGAUCCUGGGCGUGGCGCGCCGCUCGGUGCACCUCAAGGACAUCUUGCUGUUGGGCAACGAGAGCAUGAUCGUCCCGCACUCCUCCACCGAAGUGGACAUUGGCCGCAUUGCCGCGCGUGUCCUGCAGGAACUCAUUAAGCCCUUCCGAGAAAUUCAGAUCGAUGAUAAGGAGUUCGCCUGCACCAAGGCCAUCGUCUUCUUCGAUCCCGACGCCAAAGGCCUAUCAGAUCCGCAGCGCAUCAAGAACAUCCGCUACCAGAUCCUGGUCAACCUGGAGGACUACAUCAACGACCGCCAGUAUGAGUCGCGCGGACGCUUCGGUGAGCUGUUGCUGCUGAUUCCCUCGCUGCAGAGCAUCGCCUGGCAGAUGAUCGAGCAGAUCCAGCUGGCCAAGCUCAUCGGCAAGGCGCAGAUCGACAGCCUCCUGCAGGAGAUGCUGCUGGGCGGUCAGAUGGGCGCGCUGGCCGCCGGGGCGGGCGGUGGCGGCGCGACACCCACUACCCGGCCCCGCCCAGCUGGCCUCGCCCGCGGGGCAUGCUGGAUACUCGCUGGCUUCCGCCGGAUCCUACCGACAAAACUGCACCCCGGGCGCGUACCCCGGCAUGCACCUGCCGCUGCCGGUGAGCAGCAUCACCACGGCCACCAUCGUGUCCCCCGCCGGCAGUCUGCAGCAGAGCCCCGACGGCGCACAACUGUCGCCCAACGGCGCCCCGGCCCAGUCCCACCGCUUCGACUACUCGCAGCACAUUAACGGCGACAAGGAGGCCUCCGCCUACUAAAAUAACGGAAAGUCCGCACCUCCAUCCAUUCCUGUCCAUGACGUUCCUCCGUGCCGUGACGGCACAAUCAGCCAGAGUUGUCUCAGAUGCCAUUAAUGAUAAUUCCGUGCAAAUUUCCUGUUGGUCAAAUAUGCUCGUACAUUCGUUGUGAGGCGGUGCUGAUUUGCCGGCAGCCGCGAGUAUUAGUGCCUGGCACGGUCAUAUUGACUAUGUUCUACAUGUUCUUAUCUUUUUACCAAGGCAUACCAAUUUUUUUGUUAUAUAAUCCGGGCUUUUUGCUAUCGUUGCUGUUAUUAUAAAUUAUUAAUUUUUUUGGAAUAUACUGUUAAAUCAUAUAAAGGUCAACGUAUACUCAG